AUCAUCUUAUCUUAAAUAAAUUGCUUCAAUAACAAACUGAUAUGAAAUUGUUUCCAUAGCAACUGAUUGACCAAUAGGGAAACUUAUACAGGCGUUCCUUUUAUAACUUUGUCUCAGAUUAUAUCCUUCAUAUUAUUUUAUUAACAUCAAAACAAAAACAUUUUAUUGUGCAGAUAAUUAAACUCAAACCUUUUUUCCAGUGAAGCUCCGCCUGCUGAGUUUCCAUAGAAACAAACAUGAUGUUGAAUAUUUCAGCAGCCUGGUCGCAUGACGCCGCUCUGCAGGAGUAAAGAGACUCUGCAGCGCCGCGGCUCAGACCCGCUCAGCAGCAGGACGGACACGGCCACUUCUCUCCUCUUCCUCUGGGUUCUGGUUCUGGUGCGGUCCGGGUGAGACUGGAGCGAUGGCAGGCAGGCUGUGAAGCUCGUUAACAUCAGCAGGUGAUCAGCAGGUGGAGCGAUGGCGGCGUGGCUGGGUCGGCUGUCGCUGGGCGAGGCCUGGUUCGCCAUGAGCUCCCGCCUGCUGAGGACCAAACCCGUGGGCUCCAUGGCCCACGGCGCCGACGACCUCACCGAGCUGCCGGAGGGCGCCGCCGCGGGGCUGGCCAAGGUCCUCACCACCCUGGACCUGGUGUCACUGGGCGUGGGCAGCUGCGUGGGCACUGGGAUGUACGUGGUGGCCGGGCUGGUCGCCAAGGCGAUGGCCGGGCCAGGGGUCAUCCUGUCCUUCAUCAUUGCGGCGCUGGCCUCCAUACUGUCAGGAGUUUGCUACGCAGAGUUCGGAGUCCGGGUCCCUAAAACCACGGGCUCGGCGUACACCUACAGCUACGUGACGGUCGGCGAGUUUGUGGCGUUUUUCAUCGGCUGGAAUCUGAUCCUGGAGUAUCUGAUCGGCACGGCGGCCGGGGCGUCGGCUCUCAGCAGCAUGUUCGACUCGCUGGCCAAUCACAGCAUCAGUAACUACAUGAUAACACACCUGGGCACGCUCAGAGGACUGGGUAAAGGUGAGGACACGUAUCCCGACCUGCUGGCCCUGUUCAUCGCCCUGCUGGUCACAGUGAUCAUCGCCCUCGGUGUGAAAAACUCUGUGGGCUUCAAUAACGUCCUAAACGUCGUCAACGUCGUUGUCUGGGCCUUCAUGAUCAUCGCCGGGCUCUUCUUCCUGUCAGCUAGCAACUGGGAGGGCGGCAGGUUCCUGCCGUACGGCUGGUCCGGGGUGAUGAAAGGUGCAGCUACCUGUUUCUACGCCUUCAUUGGGUUUGACAUCAUCGCAACAACUGGAGAGGAGGCGAAAAAUGCCAACACAUCCAUCCCUUACGCCAUCACCGCCUCACUGGUCACCUGCCUCACCGCCUACGUCUCGGUGAGCGUGAUCCUCACUCUUAUGGUUCCCUAUAACCUGAUCGAUGGCUGUGCUCCACUCAUGGAGAUGUUUGCUGUUCACGGCUUCAUGUGGGGAAAAUACACCGUGGCUGUUGGCUCCAUAGCUGGACUCACAGUCUCACUGCUGGGCUCCUUGUUCCCGAUGCCAAGGGUCAUCUAUGCCAUGGCCCGCGAUGGUCUGUUGUUCAGGUUCCUGACGCAUGUCUCAGCUCUCACACACACUCCAGCGGUGGCGUGUGUGGUGUCGGGAAGCUUCGCGGCCGUUCUGGCUCUCCUGGUGAGCCUCCAGGACCUGAUCGAGAUGAUGUCCAUUGGCACUUUGCUGGCUUACACUCUGGUUAGUGUGUGUGUGCUGCUGCUUCGCUACCAGCCCGACAAAGAGACAGACACACACCAGUUUAUCUCAGAGGAAGACGUGGACAACAUCAAGGACGUUGGAGAUGAACCUACCAAAGACGACCACAUCAUGAUGGAAGGCUCCAACCGUGACGGAUCCUCCUACCACGCUGGUGGGACUGAAGGCGAAUCAGACGACUCGCAUUUUCACACCGGACCUCCCUCUCUGUUGAAAAGACUUCUGGGCGGCCAUUACUACACCCUGCGACUCCGGCUGGGAAUCCCCGACUCAACAGCACGCCCAACCCCGGCCUCCGGCCAGAUCGUGACCAGAUGCACCCUGUCCCUCUUCUUCAUGUCCUUCCUCUUCUGGUCCACCGUCAUAUUUGGUGUGGAGCAGGGCUCAGGCGCCGCAGCGGUGUUUUCCGGCCUGAUGGCGACUCUGAUGCUGGGAUCACUGGCGAAGCUCCUGAUGCUCAUCAUACAGCAGCCGGAGAGCAAGCAGAGGCUGCCCUACAUGGCGCCGUGUGUUCCCUUCGUUCCUGCAGCGGCCAUUUUGGUUAACAGUUACCUCAUGCUAAAACUGUCCUCUCUCACCUGGGCCAGGUUCACUAUCUGGUGUCUGAUAGGCCUGCUGAUCUAUGGCUGCUACGGCGUUUGGCACAGCAUCUUGGAGCUGGAUGCCCGCGAGCAGCAGGCCCACGCCAGCUCCUACCGUCGCUACGACGACAACCUGGAUGACACCUUCUCCCCUGACGAUGACCUUUACCCCCAGGAGCAGGGCGAGAGGCCCUACCAGGGCUGGUCCGCCCCGGAGGAGAGCCGGCACCGCCACCAGAACCAGGGCCAGGAGGAGGAGCCAUAUGAGAGCCAGGGAGAGGAUGACGGGGACCAGCAGGGGUACCAGUCUGGAGCCGGAGUCCAGAACCCGACCAAAGGCAGCAGGUCCAGAGGACGGACCAACUUUGGGUUUGAUGAUGAAGAUGACUGAAUUGAGGAGGACUGAAACUGUUAUAAAAAUCUUGUAUAUCAAAUAUGACUGUAAAGAAAUUUAAUUAGUAAUUUUACACCUUGAAUUUAGGUCUCUGUCUCUUUAAAAUCUCCUGCUCUUUCUGAAACUCCGCCUCCAGGAAGUCAUCCCAACAUAGCUCCUCUAUUAACCCUUUAACAACGUUUUCACCAGCGCUGCUCUGAGCAGUAAUGCGCAGCUCCACCAGAUGUUUGUUAAUUGCUGCUGGCUAGUCUGAAGGAGCUCAGGGGGAGGAGCUGCGCCUCAAAGGCGGGGCAAGGUCCAGGCUUUUUGCAGCUGAAUGGUUGCCAUGGAGAUUGAAGCAUUUCUCAAACAUACAAGAAUCAAGAAGAUUUUAGAUGAUGCUGCCCCUUUACUGAUGAUCCUUUGCAGAUCAAUCAGUCAUUUUAGAAGUUUUAUUCAAACCAAGGCAGCCAUCUUUUGGUUUGCUCCAUGUUGACGGACAUGACGGGCUCAAACUGAGCCUCUGAGACCAACAACAGUCUGGUUUAAAGAAGAAUCAUCAUCGUCUUUCAGCAGAAACAUCCUGACAGCAAACCACUCAGUGUCUUCAUGGUUUCUGGUUUACAGUUUGUAGAAACUGAACCAGAGGGGAAACUCUGACUGCUGACUAAAGUUCUUAUGAGAGACUAAAAUCUGACAGUAUUUGUCUUUCUUUGUGGGAAUAAUCAGUUCAGGUGUGGACUGCUUCACCCAGCUCUAAUUUAUUCAUAAUUUUCUUUAUUUAACUGCAUCUCGGUCAGAAGAAGAUUGUGUUCUGGGUUGAUGUUUGGUUUAUUUACGGUAUGAUUGGUUUUGUUGUUUGUGUUUUUUCCUUUAACCUUCCUCUGCGUUUUGAUUGACGGGUUCUUACUGGUUCUGUUUCUGCUGGAGGUUUCCUGUUGAAAGG